CCUUCGUCUUUCCGACUGGGGAAUUUGUUCCUCAGCUCUUGUCCUGGGAAGAAAGUACGGUUGACUGGUGCGGUGCGGGGCCGAGGAGCAGUAUGUCGGGACUUGGCCAUCGACCUGCAGCGCUUCAAGAGUCUCGGCGUCGGGGCGCUCGUCUGUUGCCUCAGUGACGCUGAGCUGGGCGUCAUCGGCGUUCAGUGGGAGGAGUACAUGAAGGAGGCAGCCAAGCUGGGUUUGGACCUCGUCCGCGUCCCGAUGGUGGAGGGCAAUUGCCCUACAUCACAAGAGUAUCUGGAUGCCUGGCUGGAGGAGAUUGUCUACCAUUGCACAUUGAAGGGUGUCAAUGUGUUGGUCCACUGCAGGGGUGGUGUCGGCCGAGCCGGCACGAUUGCUGCCUGUUGGCUUGCCAAGAUGGGUCUCGUCGAUGAAUUCAGACCGCCCAACGAGGUGGCUCGCAGAGGCAAGGUUCUGCCUGCGCAAGAGCUCCUCUGGCAAUGCCUCCAAGUCGUGAGGAUGAGGAGAAGCUCAAAGGCAAUCGAGACUGCCGAGCAGGCUGCUUACAUUGCCAAGUACGGCGAGUACCUC